AUGGAAUGGAAAACAUAUUAUUUGGACAUGAUUCUUGUACCAUUAGGUUUUCUGAUAAGUAUUGGUUAUCAUGUAUGGUUGUGGCAUAAGACUCGAUCAGAACCUUUUUCCACUUCAAUUGGAAUCAACGCUCAUGCUAGAAGAUUUUGGGUUCCUACCAUGUUGAAGGAUAUCGAAAAGAAGAAUAUCCUAGUAGCACAAAGUCUUCGAAAUCUUAUAAUGGGAUCAACUCUGAUGGCCACCACAUCAAUUCUACUAUCAGCUGGCUUAGCCGCUAUAAUAAGCAGCACUUACACUAUUAAAAAGCCUCUCGAAGAUGUUAUCUAUGGCGCUCACGGCGAGUUUAUGGUAGCACUUAAAUAUGUGACACUUCUUACCAUAUUUUUAUUCUCAUUUUUCUGCCACAGUCUCUCAAUUAGGUUUCUCAACCAAUUAAGCCUCCUAAUUUGCACACCACAAGAUGUUAUGUCUUUGGUUACUCCUGAAUAUUUGGUAGAUAUUUUGGAGAGAGGAACAACUUUGAACACUAUUGGGAAUAGGAUUUUCUACUCUGCACUUCCACUUUUGCUUUGGAUAUUUGGGCCUGUCUUGGUUUUGUUGUGCUUUUUGGCUAUGUUGAUAGUGUUUUACAAUCUUGAUAUUGUGUGUGGAAGUGGAAAAAAAGAAAAGACUGUACUUAGUGAUGAAAGCAACUAUGUCUAA